AUGGCACCUAACACAGAUAGGUUUAGUUCAUUGCCUCAGUCUUUACUGUCCACCAUUGUUUCCUUGAUACCGUUCAAGGAAGCGGUAAGAACCUCAAUCCUCUCUAAAAGUUGGAUAGACAUUUUUAAGUCUACAUCCAACAUAGUAUUUGAUGAAAUUUAUUUUGUGAAAAGUGAUCAAAUAUGUGAAAUCCAACGAGCCCAAAGAAAGGCUUUUCUAGAUUUCAUGAUGUAUUGGAUUUCUAAUCACACAGAAACUGUCAUUGAUAAGUUCUCUUUGAAAUUAUCUAUACCUGAAAAUGUUAAGAGGGUUGUGAGAAAAUGCAUUACAUUCGCCACAACACACAGGGUGAAGGCGUUGAAUUUGGACUUUUGUGAUCCAACAUUGGAUUCUUACUUUACUACUAAUUAUAUUAAUCAUGUGGCCUUGUUUGAAUUGCCUGCACAUGUUUAUGGUCACACAUGCCUUGAAUCUUUGAAGUUGUUUUCAUGUAACUUUGUUGAGGCUGAGUUUCUAAACUAUAAUGCACUCAAAGAAAUUUCUUUGGGUUGGAUGGAAGUGAAGCUCAGUACUAUUAAGACCUUGUUGUCAAAUUGUGAAGCACUUGAGAGUUUAAGUCUCAAGAGGUGUUGGAAUUCAGAUGAAUUUGAUUUAGGGGAGGUGAACCUAAAGUUAAGAAAGUUGGUCGUGGAUAGAUGCAUGUUUAGAUCUAGUAGUACUUAUUUUAUAGUCAAUGCUCCAAAUUUAAAAUACUUCUAUUAUUCUGGGUUGAAUAAUAACUUUUUGGUCAUAGACGUACGUUCCUUAGUUCUGGAAGAGGAAGUUCUUGAGUUUUGCAUUGAGUUUAAAGGACAUGCUUUGUUUCUCUACAAAUUGGAGGAACAUAUCUCUGGUGUUAAUGUUUUGACUGUGGGUAACUACUUCCUCCAGGGUUAUGAGUCACCAGACAACCUUAAUAUGGAGAGGUUUUGGACUGAUCAUGCAAGAGCUUAUUCUUGCAUGGUAUACACUCUUAGAGAGGUGGAAAUUAAGGGCUUUAAAGGAUUAGUGAAUGAGAUUCGUGCACUUACCUAUUUCAUCACUAAUGGGAGAGUCUUGAGAAAGAUGACCAUCAAUAUAUCAAAGGAUGAUACGAGGCAAGAGUCCUACCACCAUGACAUGGCAGAAUGGUUAAUUUCGACUGUUCAAAAAGCUUCAACAGAAUUAGAGAUUUCAAUUUGUUAA